AUGACCGGCUCCGCGGCCGACACUCAGCGCUGCCCCCACCCCAAAAACGCCAAAGGCACCCGAUCCCGGAGCAGCCACGCGCGGCCUGUGAGCCUGGCUACCAGCGGGGGUUCCGAGGAGGAGGACAAAGACGGUGGGGUGCUGUUUCACGUUAACAAGAGCGGCUUCCCCAUCGACAGCCACACCUGGGAGCGCAUGUGGAUGCACGUGGCCAAGGUGCACCCCAAGGGGGGAGAGAUGGUGGGCGCCAUCAGGAACGCCGCCUUCUUGGCAAAGCCUUCCAUACCCCAGGUUCCAAACUACAGACUAUCAAUGACCAUCCCAGAUUGGCUCCAGGCAAUCCAGAAUUACAUGAAGACUCUACAAUACAAUCAUACGGGGACCCAGUUCUUUGAAAUUAGGAAAAUGAGACCGCUUAGUGGGUUAAUGGAAACAGCAAAAGAAAUGACCCGUGAAUCAUUGCCUAUCAAAUGCCUUGAGGCUGUCAUCCUGGGCAUAUACUUAACCAAUGGACAGCCUUCCAUCGAGCGAUUCCCCAUCAGCUUUAAAACCUACUUCUCAGGAAACUACUUUCACCAUGUUGUGCUGGGAAUUUAUUGUAAUGGCCACUAUGGCUCACUGGGCAUGAGCCGAAGGGCUGAGCUGAUGGACAAGCCAUUGACCUUUCGGACUCUGAGUGACCUUGUCUUUGACUUUGAAGACUCCUACAAGAAAUACCUGCACACAGUCAAGAAGGUCAAGAUUGGGCUUUAUGUCCCCCAUGAGCCUCAUAGCUUCCAGCCUAUUGAAUGGAAGCAGCUUGUCCUCAAUGUCUCAAAGAUGUUGAGGGCUGACAUCAAGAAGGAGUUGGAGAAAUAUGCCAGGGAUAUGAGAAUGAAGAUCUUGAAACCUGCAAGUGCCCACUCACCGACCCAAGUGAGAAGCCGGGGAAAAUCCCUGUCCCCUCGGAGGAGACAAGCAAGCCCCUCAAGAAGGCUUGGCAGACGAGACAAGUCGCCUGCUCUGCCUGAAAAGAAGAUGGCUGACCUCAGUACUCUGAAUGAAGUGGGCUAUCAAAUCCGAAUCUAG